AGAAUGAGGGUCCAUUUGGUGCUUGUACUUGCUGUUUUUACUGGAUGUCAUGCCAACCUGUUAUAUGCUGAUGAACCCAAGCCACAACUGGAGCAGCUAAGAGAUGCACUCUGGAAUUUUGUUGGCGAGGCAACUCGCACUGCUGAAGACACUCUUAAGAUGUUAAGAGAAUCUCAGCUAGGGCAGGAAGUCAAUUCAAGACUCACAGAGGGUGCUGACAUGGCAAGCAAAUAUGCUGCCACUGUCCAGAAUCAGAUGUCACCUUUGGCCCAGGACCUCAUGGGCAAAAUCGUUAAGGAUGCUGACGUCAUGAGGGAGCGCCUGAAGCAGGAACUGAUCGGUGUGAGAGACAAACUGCAGCCAUAUUCUGAAGAUCUGAAGGCUCAACUCCAGCAAAGAGUGGAGCAUCUCAGGACUGCUAUGGCCUCAUAUGCUGAGUCUCUGGACUCAGAAAAACUGAAAACCAUGCUUCAGAAGAGUACAGAAUUGAGGGAAAGCUUGGAGGAAAGUGUGAAAGAUCUGCAGUCCCAGCUCAGUCCAUACACAGAAGAGCUUAAGCAAGCAAUAGACCAGCACCUGAAGGACUUCCAGGAGAAGGUGGCUCCCCUGGCUGAGGAUCUCCAGUCACAGUUAACACAGAGGGCCCAGAUAGUACAGCAGAGUCUGGCAUCCUAUGCUGAGGAUAUGAGGGAAAAGCUGGAUCCAUAUGCAGAGGAAAUGAGUGCUAAAGUCACCUCUCUCUACGAAUCUGUCACUGAGACCCACUAA